CCGGUGUCCAGGCAGCCCGGUCACCUUGGUCACCCCGGCACAUUUUGGUCCAAACACAGCCCCGUGGCAGCUUUCCCUUCCUACCUGGCGUGAGUGAGGAAGGGAGAGGGGUCUGCGCCCCAUUGAGGAGACCGGCUUUAGGGACUAAAUGGAUGGUGCCAAGGCAAUGGAUGGCAGCAGGGACGGCAUGCAUGGCCAGAGCACAGAGGAGGACCCGGCUGGCCCAGCGAAGGAGGCAGCCUCCGUAACGGGCAGUGAGAGCGCUCCACCAUGCAAGAAGCCGCUCAUCUGCUGCGCAGACGGCCUUGACCAGGACACCUUUAAAAUUUGCAAGGAGCUUUUCAGACCCUUUAAGAAGUCACUUCGGAAACUGCAUUUACCCCAGCACCUCCCCAGAGAGAAAAAACUGAAGUACUUGAAGGGAAGUUUGGCCAUAAUUGGGGACCGCAUCGAUCUGUUUCUCCAGCGGUACUGCAGAGCCUCGGAAGUCAAGCACUGGCAGAAGAUGUUCUGGCGGUUUGUCUCCCUCUUCUCAGAGAUGGAUGCAAAGCGGCUGCAGAAGCUGUAUAAGUACAUCAAGAACAACCAAAUGGACAAGUUUCUGCAACUUUGCUGUCCUUCAGAAAAAGCUCCAGGACUCAAAAAAAAGAAACUGAAGCAGCUUUACAUCAGCUGGGGGCUCCACAGAAGUAGAAGAGACCUGUGGGAACAACCAGGUCAAAGACAUGGUCGCCACCAACACACCCUCACUGUCACCGCUCAGCAGCAAGGACAAGAGGUUCUCACAGACAACUUCAGAGCUUGACAGAAAAAUAGAAAUCAAUCCAUAUGGUAUCAUCACCUGAACAAAACACAAGGAAUAAAGGCAGUCUUCCUGGUUUCCCAAAACCACAGAAUACUGAAAUACUUGCAGCGUCAUAGCAACAAGCCUCAAUCCAAGCAAAACGAAAAUUAGGCUGUUUCAAACCAUGUGAUCCUAUUUAUUAUUAUCCUGGAGUUGCCUAACGGCUGCGCACCAGCACU